AUGUUCUCCUUCUUCACCAAGUCUUCUGCCUCUUCCACCUGCGCCGAGUGCCGGUCGCUCGGUUCGGGAAAGUCCACUUCUAAGUUCGACAAGAGGACGAUCGGCCGCCCGAGUGCAUACGAGUGGCCGGCGUUCCAGCCCCGCCCCCAGCCCAAGGUCUGCGUCGCGCCGCUCAGCCCGGCGCAGAUCCAGGUGCAGCUGUGCCGGGGUCGCGAGUUCAAGGAGCUCGGCACUGAGCUCAUCUCGCUGCGUGACGCGCAGUUGCGGGAGGAGCUCGUGCGCGGGACGCUCGCUUACCAUGCUUGA